AAUAAAUUAGAGUGAGGAGUUGUGUUGUUGUGUGUAGAUUUUUAGUUUAAUUUAAAUUAUAUGUAAGCUAAUAAUCACCAAAUUAUCCUUUGACUAACUUAUCUUGUAUUAUCAUUAUAUUCACUUAAUAUUAUAUAUUUAGUUUCUCACUGUAUACAGUUCUAACAGAUACCAGCCUCAAAAAUGUCUGAUGAUGAAGUACUGAAGUUUGAGAUCACUGAUUAUGACCUGGAUAAUGAAUUCUUCACUCAUAGAGGGGGAAGAAAAAACAAAAAAGAACAUCAAAUUUAUGGUGUGUGGGCUAAAGAUAGCGAUGAGGAAGACAAUGAAGACAACAUCAGACAGAGAACUCGUAAACCCAAAGACUUCUCGGCCCCUAUUGGCUUUGUGGCUGGUGGGGUACAACAGGCAGGGAAGAAGAAGGCUGAAAAUAAAGAGUCAAAGGCCGUUGAGUCAUCAGAAGCCACAACCUCAAGGCCAGCGUAUGCCGACAGUUCAGAUGAGGACGAGCAGCCAUUGGUGCCUGAGGAGAGGGAGACGGCAGGCAUCAGGAGAGCGGGACAGGGCAUGCGGCAAGUCAACCUUGGCGGCAAUGUGGGCCACUGGGAGAAACAUACCAAGGGUAUUGGGGCUAAGUUGCUGUUGCAGAUGGGAUACCAACCAGGCAAAGGUCUUGGCAAAGACCUGCAAGGUAUCUCGGCACCCGUCGAGGCCACUUUGAGGAAAGGAAGAGGAGCCAUUGGAGCGUAUGGACCUGAAAAAGCAGCUCUAAAAGCGAAAAAGGAACAAGAGAAGAGACUGAAAGAGAAAGAAGAUCAAGAAAAGGAUGAACAAGACAAGGAUGCAAAGAAAUCACACAACUGGAAGAAAUCACAUAAAGGCAGAUACUUCUACAAGGAUGCGGCUGACGUCAUUCAAGAGGGUAAACCCACCAUGCAUUCUAUAUCAAGUAACGAGUUAAGCCGCGUCCCAGUCAUAGACAUGACAGGGCGAGAACGGCGAGUGCUGAGCGGCUACCACGCGCUUCGGGCCAACGUGCCGCUGUACGAGCACGAGCCGAGGAAGGACUGUCGCCACUUCGCCGCGCCCGAGCUGACCCACAACCUGGAGCAGCAGCUGCAGUGCUGUGAACAGGACAUUAUCCAAAACGCGCGCGAGUUGCACGCGGCAGAAGACGAGAUCGUGGUGCUACAGCGAGACCUCGACGAGUGCGACAAGAAGAUACGCGAACAUGACCGCGUGGUCGACACCGUGCAGGCGAUCUUAGAUAGAGCGGAGAGGCUGAAUAGGGAUGAUGUUAGCUUGGAGACCGCGCAGACUGUGUUGAAGGAGCUCAAGGAAACCUACCCUCUCGAAUACGAGAUGUUUGGCCUCGGCACUAUAGCCGGGUCCAUCGUGUCACCCCUACUCAGCGCCCUAUUGGCCAAAUGGGACGCAUUAGCGGAACCGGAAGAGCCCAUAGAGACGUUUCUAAAAUGGCGGUCGUUGCUGACAGUUGACGCGUACAACAGCCUGCUGUGGCAACACUUUGUGCCCAAUGUGGAGAGGGCGGCUGAGAUCUGGAACCCCCGAAUCCCGCAACCCAUGCUGCGCCUCCUCGACGCCUGGUCAGCCGCCGCGCCGGCCUGGCUGCUCUGCAUGACGGCGGCGCGCGCGGCCGUGCCCCGCGUGCUGUGCGCCGCGCAGGCGUGGGACCCCACGCGCGACACGCAGCCGCUGCACGCCUGGGUGCUGCCGUGGCACGACCUGGCCGGCGAAGCCCUAUCAACAGCAGUCUACCCGCUCAUCCGGUCCCGCCUAGCGACAGCCCUCAACGCGUGGCACCCGGCAGACUCCUCGGCCAAGCCGCUGCUAGCCGUGUGGAAGGACGCCUGGGGCCCCGCGCUGACGGCGCUGUUACACCAGCAUAUUGUGCCGAAACUGGAGCAUUGCCUGCAACAUGCGCCGGUUGAGCUCGUCGGGAGGGAGAAUAGUAAGAAGAAAUAUAACAGCAAAACGGCCUGGCUCUGGUGCGUGGAAUGGCUCAGCCUGCUCGGCGCGCCCACGCUGGCGGCGGUGGCGGCGCGCGCGCUGCUCCCGCGCUGGCUCGCAGCCCUCGCCGCCUGGCUCAACGCCAACCCGCCUCAUGCGACCUUGCUGCAGAGCUACUCGGAUUUUAAGAAAAUGUUCCCGGAAGAGGUGCUAAAAGAGCCAGCUGUGCGGGACGCGUUUAGGAAAGCCCUGGACAUGAUGAACCGAAGCGCCGACAUCGACUCGGUAGAAGCGCCGCCCCCGCCCCGCUUCACAAUGCCAGAACCAAAAGAAGUUUCUAGAAUCGCCGAUGUUCUUGGCAGCACCAAUCAAACGAAGAGCUUCUCCGAACUUCUGGAAACACGAUGCGUUGAAAAUGGAAUCACGUUCGUUCCGUUACCCGGGAAACUGAGGGAAGGAAGGCCGAUCUAUAGGAUAGGAGCGUCGAUGCAGUGCUACGUCAUACGGAACGUGAUCAUGUAUUCGAGUGAUUCUGGGCGCGUUUUUGCGCCUAUUUCUCUCGAUAGGCUGUUGAAGUUGGCUGAGGAUUGAUGUGAAUAUAAGUUAUGGUGGAAUAUGAAUUA